UGUAAGGCAUGACUAAACAAUGGAUUUCCUUACUCUUUUUGGAACCCAAAUAAGUAUAUAUACAUAUUAACAUAUAUCUACAUUGCUUGUUUUUGAUAUUUAGGUGGGCAUAGACGCAGUAUCAACGCUAAUAAAGGAUAAGUGCAAAUGUCAUGGAGUUUCUGGUUCUUGUUCAAUGAAAACUUGCUGGAAAAAGUUAUCUGAAUUCAAUUCAACGUCAACACUUCUGCGACAGAAGUACGAUCAGGCAAUCAGAAAGGCUCCGAACUCACGCACAAUACGUCGAGAUGCACCCAUAAAUCGGUUAAAACGGCGAAAACAGAAAAUAGGAAAAAAAUCGCAAUACACCACUUUGUAUUAUUUGGAAACAUCGCCGACUUAUUGCUCGGUAACCAAGGAUCGUCAGUGUCUGCAUCCGGACAACUGCGCAAAUCUAUGCUGUGGACGCGGAUACACGACUCAUGUUUUUAAGCAAGUGGAAAAGUGUCGCUGCCGUUUUAACAAUGGACGUUGCUGCCAACUUAUUUGCGAUUACUGCCAACGAUUUGAGGAUAAAUAUUUUUGUAAAUAGUUUUUCCGUCUUAUUUUAUUAUUAUUAAAAGGCAUUGGGCAUGCUCUCGUCAAAUUAAACAAUAUCUUGCCUACAAAAUAAGUAAAGUCCCGAAAUGCUUUCAGUGCUUACGCGUUUAAAGAAAAAAACAAAGAUCAUAAAUACCACCACCAUUGUAUGUAAGUCACUGACAGAGAAAGCUCUUACUCGAGCGCGUUCAUAAAAACUAUCAGGAAAGGUUUUCUCUUGGUAUUUGUUUUGAUCGGAACUGAUUUACGUACUUAUACAAGAGAAAGCGUAAAGAUUAGAUCGCGGCAGCAUCUAUAUUUUAGGUUCUAAAAGCCUUUAACCUUGAUUCUAUGCAAGGUUUUUACACCCUAAUCCCGGGCAUUGUGGAAUUGGAUUCCCCAUUUGUAUACCUUAUAAAUAUAUAUAACUUAUCAAAUCCCAGUAAAUAACUUGCCAAUAAUGCAUUUCAAAGACAAUUCGAACAA